AUGGCGCCCCCAACAUCAACAACUCUGAUUUCCCCUGCAGAGCUCUCAUAUUUGCGGUCCUCUCUUGCGCUUAAUCCGCCUAUUCGACCUGAUGCGCGCUCGCCGACACAGUUUCGCCCGCUAGUGGCAGAAAUCGACAUUCUUCCAUCCACUAAUGGCUCGGCGCGAAUGAUUUGGGGAGAUGGGGGUGAAUGCGUUGUCGGGGUCAAGGUCGAGGUUGAGCCCACGGAGCUCACUGCAGAUGGAAAGAGGAAGAAUUGGGUUGAGAUUGGCGUAGAGGUUCAAGGACAGAGGGACGAUGAUCCUUUGGGGGUGUUCUUGGGCAUGACAGUUACAGAGAGUUUACUUACGCCCUCUUCUACGCUCACAGAGAGGCUGGCCAUUACUAGCAGAUUUCACUGGAAGAUGUACAUUGAUAUCCUGUUAAUAACACCACCUCUUUCGCAUCCAGGGACACUGCUAUCCCUUUCUACAAAUCUCGCUCUUCGUUCAACCAGACUUCCGCGACUAACUUCAGAAGCGGAUGAAGAUCCUAUGUUUGACGAUGAUUGGGAUGCCUCAGUUCCCCUGUACCAGGCCUCUAACCAACUCCCGCCUAUCACUCUGCUGGUAUUGAGUGUGGGUGACAAUAUUUUCUUUGAUCCGACCAAAGAAGAGCUUGCUGUUGCCGAUUGUGUCCUUGCAGUUUCUUUGGCUACCAAUUCAGCCAAGGAUACCCCGAAAGUUAUUGGCGUGCGAACACUUGAGUCUGGCAGUGGAGGGAUAGUAACAACCGCUGGAGCAAAGGACGUUGGCAGCGGAGGUGCGGCCGUUGAAGCUACAAGCAUGGGAGGUGUUAAAAGGACAGUUGUCAAGAAGAUAAUCAAGGAGAGCUUGAGCGUUGGAAAGGAGGUCUUUGGAAGUUUACAAGGCGUUGUGGAUGCGAACCACUAG